AUGCUGCGCACGCCCAGCAAGCAGCAGAGGGCGCCGCCGCCCGGGUCGGGGCGGCAGGAGCAGGAGCAGCAGGCGCCGUCCGCGGCGGACUGGCGAGAGGUCGUGGAGCGCGCGCGGCGCAUGGGCGGGCACGUCAGCGGCGAGCAGAUGCUCACCGACACGUUCAGCCGCAAGCACACGUACCUGCGACUCAGCCUGACUGAGCGCUGCAACUUGCGGUGCACGUACUGCAUGCCCGCUGACGGCGCGCCGCUGACGCCCGGGGAGCGGCUGCUAUCCGCGGAUGAGUUGCAGCGGCUGGCGUCCUUGUUUGUUGGAGCGGGGGUCGACAAGAUUCGGCUGACAGGAGGCGAGCCCACCGUGCGGAAGGACCUACUGGAGAUUUGCCGCAGCCUCUCAGCCCUGCCGGGUCUGCGAACUCUCGCCAUGACCAGCAACGGCGUCGCCCUCAAGCGGCAGCUGCCACAGCUGCAGGAGGCGGGCCUAAACGCGCUCAACAUCAGCCUGGACACGCUGCGGCCCGACCGCUUCGAGGCGCUGACGCGGCGCGCGGGGCACGGCAAGGUGCUGGCCAGCAUUGAGGAGGCGCUGCGGCUGGGGUUCGCGCCGCUCAAGGUCAACGUGGUGGUCAUGCGCGGCGUCAACGAUGACGAGAUCAUCGAUUUUUCGGAGCUUACGAGGGACGCCCCCCUCAACGUCAGGUUUAUCGAGUACAUGCCUUUCGAUGGCAACGUGUGGAGCGACUCGAAGAUGGUCACGUACAAGGAGAUGCUUGCCGCGCUCAGAGACAGGUACCCUCAGGGCCUGGUCCGUUGCGCAGACCCCGCCGGCGAGGUGGCCAAGAACUUCACGGUGCCCGGCCACAAGGGCAGCGUCAGCUUCAUCACCAGCAUGACGCACGCGUUCUGCGGCGACUGCAACCGGCUGCGAGUCCUGGCUGACGGGAGCCUGAAGGUCUGCCUGUUUGGCGCCAACGAGGUCAGCCUGCGCGACGCGAUGCGUGAGGGCGCGACGGACGACGACUUGCGCCUCGUCAUCAGCGCCGCCGUCGACCGGAAGCGCGCGGCACACGCGGGGAUGUUUGAGCUGGCGGCGACGCAGAACCGCCCCAUGAUCACGAUCGGCGGCUGA